UUGACCAGCAAAUCUGUGCAAAAGGACAUUCUAGGAAAAGAUGCAUCAAGCUUUCUUCUAUGCUCUGAUUACAGCACACACAAAGAUAGGAAGGCAAAUUCAUAUUUCUUCUUCGAAGUAAACCUCGGGUACUUAGUCUAUCUUGCAGCCAGAGCCAGAAAAAGACUUUAUGUUUAUUCUGACAUGCCGAUUUCCAGAGCCAUUUGAAAGCUGGGUGUGUAUGUCUGUGCCCAGUAAGAUGUGUAUAUGCUUUGGAUGCAGAGAAAAAGUGGUUUCCCCAAAUAUAGGACCAAGAGUCUCUUUCAGCUCAUUUGGCUCUCCCUGCUCUUGGGGAGCACGAACUAAGGAAUGGGGAGCUUUGAGGCCUAGGCUUCACUGCACAACCUGAUUUUGUAAAUCUGUUUGGCUUUCUCUUCUCAUGGAUAUUGACGAACUAAGAACCCCUGAUCUGCAACAGAGUCUGACAGUGCGUUGCAACAUACUUUGCUUGGAGAUAGCUCAAGAAAAAUGUCGUUAGAUUGGCCAACGCGAUUUAACAUAAUAAAGGGAGUUGCAAGAGGACUUCUUUACCUUCACCAAGAUUCAAGAUUGACCAUAGUUCAUAGGGAUCUCAAAGGUGCCAAUGUUUUGCUAGAUGCAGAGAUGAGACCUAAGAUAGCAGACUUUGGCAUGGCAAGGAUCUUCAAUGAUAACCAGAAAAAUGCAAACACACGGCGUGUCGUCGGAACAUAUGGGUACAUGGCUCCUGAAUACGCAAUGGAAGGAGUCUUCUCUAUGAAGUCUUAUGUCUAUAGCUUUGGUGUCCUAAUGCUGGAGCUUGUAACUGGUAUAAGGAGAAGCAGUUUGAACAAAAUCAAGGAUUUUCCAAACCUUACGAUCUACGCAUGGAAUAUGUGGAAAGAUGGGAAGGGAAAAGACUCGGCUGACCCAUCUAUUAUGGAUACUUGUUCGCUAGAUGAAGUUUUGCUUUGUAGUCAUAUGGCACUCUUGAGUGCCCAGGAAAAUCCAGAUGAUAGACCACUUAUGUCGUCGGUUGUGCUCGCCUUGGAGAAUGGAAGCGCCACACUGCCAACACCUAACAACCCUGGUCACUAUGGACAGGGGAGUGGUGAUAUGGAGCAAAUAAUAAGAGACCGGACCGAGACACUUCCAUGAAUUCCCUUACUCUCACGAAUAUAGAGGGACGAUAAUCUUCCACCUCUUCUUUUAUGUAUAUGCUCUGGCAGAAAUUUGGCUGAUCAAAGGUCCUUCAUCGAUCUCCAA